GCGGUUAACCGGAAACGCGGACAGCCAGAGAACGGAAUUUUGAAUAUUAGCCAACUUGCGUGUCCGUAGUGCCAUGUUAACGGGACAUCGAAGCGCUGAGCAAACGAACGCCCCCUUGUCCUGCUCCUGCCUAGCCGGUGGCAUCUAGGUGACCAUGGUUCGUCGAGCCUCAAGUGUUCCGCAUCUGAACAGUAGUGGCGGUAGUAGUGCGGAUAGCGCUGGAACGUCGGGUAGUCGGCGUGGUAGGGCGCCCGUUGCCGGUUCUCGGGGCCGAAAGACGCCAUCGUCCAUGUCCAACGGACAAAAUCAGCGCCAGAGCUCCGGGAGCAGCAGCAGCGUUCCCCGAUCUCGAAGUCUGACCAACGGCAUGCGUCGCCUUAGCCCGCAAAAGGGAACUGGAAGUAGCGGGGGCGGAGGAGGCGGUAGUUCCCGGAAUACGCCGUAUUUCCUCCGUUCACGCGAGAAUGAGAUUGGCAGCGCUGACACCCUGGAAAUUGUUGCCUCGAAAUCCACGGGCAGCGAGGAGUGCUCCACGCCCGAAGACAAUAUUAAUGUUGUGGUGCGUGUGCGACCAUUAAACGACAAGGAGAAACGCGAUCGACAUGGAUCCACUCUUCAGUUUCCCGGCAACGGUCAGGUUAUACUGGAGGGCAACGAUGUGGGCCAAAAAAGGUCACACAAUCGUGACAGCGUUCGGGUCUUUACCUACAAUGUGGUCUUCGAGCCAGGAGCCACGCAGGAAGACAUUCUGGACUACUCGGGAAUUAAGCGCAUCAUAGAAAUGGGCAUUGAGGGUUUCAGUUGCACGGCCUUCUGUUAUGGACAGACGGGCUCCGGUAAAACCCACACGCUCACAGGACCACCGGACUUGUUCGUUGGCAAACCAAAUCCCAAGGAUCCGAGGCAUGGUCUGAUCUUCCGCUCGUUUUUGUAUCUCUUCCAAUUGAUUAAGAAUCGCAAGGACGUCAACUACGUGCUAAAAGCCUCCUUCAUGGAAAUCUACAAUGAGCGGGUAAUCGAUUUGCUCAAUCCGGGAAGUGCGCGAAAACCGUUGGCGGUCAGAUGGUCCAAGAAAUCGGGUGGUUUCUUCGUGGAGAACCUUUUCACGGUUGACUGUGAAGAAUUGGAUGAUCUACUGGCCGUUUUGGAAGAAGGUAUGAGAAAUCGUGCGGUUGGCUCCCAUGCCAUGAACGAUCAUUCGUCGCGGUCUCACACAAUCUUAACGGUUCACAUCCUGUCCGAUCAACAGACGGAUGGUGGGGUGUUUCUCUCCAAGCACGGAAAGAUAAACUUCGUUGACUUGGCUGGCAGUGAAUUGACCAAGAAGACCAUGAGCGAGGGGAAAACUCUGGAGGAAGCUAAUAACAUUAACAAGAGUCUUAUGGUCCUUGGAUACUGCAUCUCUUCACUGAGCGACUCCAAGAAGAGAUCCGGUCACAUUCCGUAUCGGGACAGCCAGCUCACCAAGCUGCUGGCCGACAGUCUGGCGGGGAAUGGCGUAACCCUAAUGAUCGCUUGCGUUUCUCCUGCGCACUACAAUCAUGCGGAAACUCUGAACACCCUGCGAUAUGCAUCGCGGGCAAAGAGGAUCCGCACCAAGCCAGUGAUCAAGAUGGAUCCAAGGGAGGCACUAAUCCUCAGUCUAAAGCGUGAUAUCCAUGCUCUUCAAAUGGAGAACGACCAUCUAAAAGCGGCCUUAAAUCUUCAUCAUCAAGCGGCUCCGAAUGGUGGGGCGACUGAGAAUCUCCUGGAGCUUCAACUUGAUCGAGUAAGCAGCGGUGGUGGAAUACCAGUACCCAAAGUGGAUCUGCAGCGAUUACCAGAACUAGAUGGUUCCGAACUGGCUGAGCUUGUGAAGCUAUACAUGGUGGAGAAUGAAUCCUUAAGGCAGGAGAACAACCACCUGUUCACCGUGCGAGAGACCAUUCUAAGAGAUCAGGAAAUUGUAUGUCGCGAGAACGAACGCCUGCUAAAGAAACUGGAGGAUGUGAACAAAGUUUGUGUUCGUUCACCUUUAAUACCAGCAAGGCCGGCCAUAUCUCCAACGACGGGAAAAGAAACGCCUGGCACUGAGAUCUGGACCAAUCCAGAGCCACUUCAAUCUCCUCCAGAAUCUAAUUUACCAAUCGAGCAGCGAAUGUCGGAGAAUGCUGAUAGGAGAACAGAUACGGCACAAAAACGAAUCGACCAGCAACGCAUAGCUAAAAACAUUCUAAUUAUGGCCAAUGCAUUCCGGAAACCGGACUCAGAUUUGGCCAAGGAGUUGAACCUUAAUCCGGAAAAGGCACCCGCAAAGCAGUCAGCCGAAUUUAUGCCUGAGUAA